UCGUCGUCAGCAGUUGAUUGUGGCACAUAGAAGUGGCGAAGUCUACCUGCAUUGGAAGCAAUUGCAAAGUGGCUGGCACGUGUUCACGAUAAAUAAACUGUGCAGAUUAUCUGUUCGAGUAAGCACGUGUCAUGUGUAAUUCGAUUGCGAUUAUUUUGCCAAAGCCUAUCUCGAGAAAAACGACAGCUAUGGCAAUUGCUUAAAUUGCACUUGAAUGUGUGCAUAUGCGAUAUACUGUGGCAUUCAAGUACAAUUAUUUGCUCUAAUAAUAAACAUUAUAAAGUUUUUUGCUUCUCUUGAACAACAAAAACAAAUGCGUUUUCUACGUUGUAAUGUUUAAAUUAGAGUCAAGCAGGAGGCAUUUCAAUUGCCUUCGUAGACUGCCUAUUGAUUGCAAUGAAUAUUAUAAAAAAUCUAUUUAUUUUAAUGUCGAUGUUUGCCUCAUUUGCCGUAGGGCCAAGUGAAGUGCUCUUCCUCAUUCAAAGUGAAGAAGGUAAAUAUUAUCAUCAAGCAGGCCGAAAUCUUCGAGAAGAUCUAAUCAAGGAAAGCUUCAUUUUGCCGCCAGAGUACCGUAUCAAUGUACAUAUGAUUAACACAUUAUUUAGCAAUAAUAAUACCAACAACAACUAUAACCCUGGGGAAUGGGCUAUAUUAAAUGUUAUACAUCAACUUGUAAUGCAACAGAAAUAUCACCAACUAAUCAACGACAAUACCAGAUGGAUUGCAUUUUGUGCACAUAACACACACAUAAAGUUAAAUAAACUUAUGACUGAACUAAGUAAAGAAAAUCAUAAACAGAUUCAGUAUUUUGGAUACACUUUACACGAUCCAGAACCGACGAUAGUACAUCAUUUUGCUUUUUUCGAAAAUCCCGAUUGGUUUCCAUACCCUAUGCUGCAAGCUGGAGUAAUAUUUAGCAAAGCGUUAUUUGAAAGGAUAGCAAACGUAUUACCCUACCAUUAUCAACAUCGUCAUCUGUGCAACAGCAACAGCAAUCAACAGCAUUCAACACAUUCUGAAUUUAGUAUAGAUGCAGCACACGAGUUAGCUCGUUUCAUUUAUGAUAAUGUACAAAUAAUAGAAGAGACCGCCGCCAAGCAUGCAGUAACAAAGGUAUUGAAAAACGAUAACUUAAGCUUACCUGUCAAUGCAAAACAGACAUCAGCAGCAGCUUCAAGCGACACUAGCAAAAUUAUAGAAAAUGUUGUCAAAAAGAGAUAUUUAAUGAAAAUGCGAAAAAUCAUUAUGAAGAAAGCCGCAUACAUUUGCCCCAAAGCCAAAUGGAAUGGCAGUCUCGAUAACAACAAGUGCGCCAUGCACGCUCAGCCCUCCUACACAAUGCAAUGUAUUCCAAUAAAACGGGAAGAAGUUUAUUUUGCAGUAAAAACUUGUUCCAAAUACUACAAUGAUCGACUAGAAGUAAUACAAAACACUUGGGCGCAAUAUGCUAAGCAUAUUAAAUAUUUCAGUGAUGUCGCAGAUGUUAAAGUGCCCACCAUUGAUACGGGUGUACCUAAUGCUGACACAGGGCACUGCACCAAAACUUUAGCCAUUUUACAAUUAGCUUUGAAAGAUAUUGAGCAAAUUAAUCGACAAAAGCAACAAUAUUGGCCUGCCAAUCAACCGAACAUCAUCAGAUGGUUGUUUCUUGCAGAUGAUGACACUUUAUUAAGUGUGUCUGGUGUUUGCCAAAUACUUGGCUGCUUUAAUAGUUCGCAUCAAAUAUAUCUUGGCGAACGUUACGGUUAUCGUUUGCAUGCUCUUGACGGCUUCAAUUACAUAACGGGUGGCGGUGGUAUUGCAUUUAGCUUGCCAACUCUUCGACUCAUUAUAAAUCAUUGUAAGUGUCCAUCACCCUCGGCACCUGAUGAUAUGAUUUUGGGCUCUUGUUUACACUCACUUCAACUGAGAACUGUACACUCAAUGCGCUUUCAUCAAGCUCGACCUCAUGAUUACGCUCCAGAGCUGUUGCAAUUGGAAGCACCGAUAUCGUUUCAUAAAUUUUGGCAAUUAGAUCCCUUAGAAGUUUAUCAAAAAUGGUUUCUGACAGCUGAUCAAAAUAUGUUAACAGAAGAAAUUGCCUUCAAGUUAGAGAAAGGAGCUACAACGCUUUCAUUAAAAUCUCGAAGGAGUUUAAGUGAAACAAAAACACUAACAUUGAAUCAUAUGAAAGUGCCCGUUGUUGCAGCUGCGACUUUACAUCACAAUAACAAAAGGCACAUUGACCUCUAGAAAUUUUAAAUCAAAGCACAGUAUUUUAAU